AUGGCCGCGUCCCCCCCGGGGGUCCCAGCGGAGCUGCAAGAGGGCAUCACUGCCUUCCUGGGGACACAGAAGGUGCUGCUGGUGACCAGCGUCCAGCUGCCGGUGAAAUCCAAGUACAAGGACUACGUCUUGGUGCUGACGCCCUGGAGAGCCUACGUGCUGCCGGUGACGCUGCCGGUGAGGGUCCACAGCAGCUUCAGCCUCCUGGAGGUGCAGGAGAUGACGGUGAAGGAGCCCAGCUUGGUUGUCAUGGAAACGGAGGCAGCGUCUUACGCCUUCCGGUUCCUGUCCUUCGAGGAGCUGGAGCAGGUGGUCAUCCACGUCACCGUGGCCCUUCAGAGGGUCUUCCCAGACUCGGAUCCUGGGACACUGCUCAAGAACUCUCCCCCCAACCUGGCCCAGAGGAUCCUGCAGAUCCUGGACCCACUGGAUGAAAUGCUGAGGAGCAGCCCCGGGCCCUGUGGGGGGUUCUCAGAGACCUACGCUGCUCUCUGUGACUACAACGGCUUCGCCUUCCGGGAGGAGAUCCAGUGGGACGUGGACAACAUCUACCACAGCCAGGACUGCCGGGAGUUCAACCUGCUGGACUUCAGCCACCUGGAGAGCCGGGACGUGGCACUGAGCGUCGCCGCCUUGUCCUUCAACCUGUGGUUCACCAAGCUCUCCUGCAAGGACUUCAGGCUGAACCAGGAGAUCUCAGAGCAGCUGCUCUACAUGCUCAGCAAGUCGGUGACCCUGGAGGAGCUGGUGCUGGAGAACAGUGGGUUGAAAGGCGACUUUGUGCAGAGGAUGGCCCAGGUGCUGAGCAGCCACCCCAGCUCUGUCCUGCACACCAUGAACCUUGCUGGCAACCAGCUGGAAGACAGAGGGAUGGUGGCCUUCAGCCGGCACGUGGAGGAGAGUCCCAGGGGCCUGCAGAGCCUCAGCUUGGCCAGGACCAUGCCCACUGCCAAAGGGAUGGGCACUUUGUGCAAGGCCCUGGCAGGGAACAAAGCCACUGGAUCCUCCCUCCAGCAUUUGGACCUCUCUGGAAACCCUGGCACCUUGGCUGGAGAGGACACCCAUAACCUGCAGAGCCUCCUCCGCCAGUGUCGCUCCCUGUCCCACCUCAGCCUGGCGGGCACUGACUGCUCUUUGGAUGCUCUCUUUGGAGCCCUGGUCCACGGAUGUCACACCAGCCUCGUCCACCUGGACCUCUCCAAAAACAUCUACUCCCACAGGAGGGUGAAAACCAUCUCCCCUGACCUGAAGGAGUUCUUCAGCCAGGCCCGUGCCCUCAGGCACGUCUCCCUGGCAGGCACCAAGCUGCCAGCAGAUGCUGUGAGGGCUGUGCUGCAGGGGCUGGCAGACAACACUCACAUCAGCGACCUGCACCUGGACCUCAGCAGCUGCGAGCUGAGAUCUGCAGGAGCCCAAGUCAUCCAGGACCUCAUCCCUGACGCCAGCUCCAUCAGCCACCUGGACUUGUCUGACAAUGGUUUUGACCCCGACAUGGUGACUCUGGUGCUCUCCAUUGGCAGGAGCAAGUCCAUCAGACACGUGUCUCUGGGGAAGAACUUCAACAUCAAAUCCAAGGAAGGGCUGCUGGACGUCCUGCACCGCAUCGUCCAGCUCACCCAGGAGGACGACUGUCCUCUCCAGUCCCUGUCUGUGGCCGAAUCCCGCCUCAAACUGGGAACCAACGUCCUGCUGAGCGCCCUGGGCAGCAACACCAGCCUCGUCGCUCUGGACAUCAGCGGCAACGCCAUGGGGGACACGGGGGCCAAGAUGUUGGCCAAGGCCCUGCAGAUCAACACCAAGCUCAGGACUGUGGUUUGGGACAGGAACAACACAACUGCCCAUGGGCUCCUGGAGGUGGCUCAAGCUUUGGAGAGGAAUUACACCCUCAAGUCGAUGCCCCUGCCCAUGAGCGACGUGGCCCAGGCCCAUCGCAGCAACCCCGAGAGAACAGAGGAGGCCGUGCACAAGCUCCAGGCCUGCCUGGCCAGGAACCAGCUGCGGCGCACGCUGCCCGCCCAGACCUUCCGCCUGCAGCAGGGCUUCCUCACCACCUCUUCUGAGCAGAUGGUGAACGAGAUCUGCCUGAGCCUGCAGAAGAACCUGGACGUCCUCGGCGCCUGCCCGGGCGGGGAGGUGGACACUCUGUGUGCUGAGGAGGCCAUCAGGAAUGCCAACCUCUCUGUCAGUAUCCUGCCCCUGCUGUACGAGGCCGGGAACACCCCGCACCAGAGCAGCAACCUGCAGCACAAGCUGGAGCGACUCACCGAGGAAGCCUCGCAGAUCUGCAGCCAGGAGAUCCAGGCCAUGAUGCAGGCAGUGCUGGACACGGUGCACGACCUGUGCCCAGCCAUGGUGCAGAAGAGCAGGGUCAGGGACCAGCUGGUCAACGCCAUGUCAGAGAGGAUCUACCUCCAGGACCACCUCAACCUCAGCACCGUGCUGGACCAGAUGGUCACUGAUGUCUUCAGCAAGCUCAAUGAGAUCAAGCUGUCUGUCACAGCCGCCGCAGCCGACUGCAUCGUGGAUGCUGUGCUGGGAGACCUGACAGCUGCCCAGUGCAAACUGGCGCAGAACCUCCCCGGGCAAGGGCUCGACCUCCCGGCGCUGCUGCCGGAGCCGCCUGAGGACGAUGCGAGGGGCAGGAACCCCGCGGCGCUGGCGGUGGAGGAGUGCAGGAUGGCCCUGCGGAGGAGGAACAAGCACUUCAGGAGCAUUCGGCCCACGCCGACCGUGAGAAGUGUCUCGGAGCUGGACCCCGCGGCGGGCAGGGCCGGCAUCGGGCUCCGAGCUCACCGGGCGCCGCCGUCACUCAGCCCGGCACGCCCUGCUGCCUCCACAAAGGAUGCGGAGCCGGAGAGCGGCUCGUUCCCCGCCAGCCCUCCUGCCGCCACCGCCGGAGCCCUCAUGGACCUGCCGACCACCGGAGCCCUCACCGACCUGCCCACCAGCGGCCAGAAGCUGCAGCAUUGCACCAAAGCCAGGCCCCGGCCCCAGCGCCGGCACAAGCAGCCGCCCAGCAAGCCCGAGGUGCAGCCCGUGGCCUGUGAGAACAGCGAGGACAGGAGCAUCACCCGCGUGGACGAGGGGCUGGAGGAAUUCUUUGCCAAGAGGCUCAUCACACAGGAGCUGCUCCCUACAGCUCCAGAGACCUACCCAGGAUCAGCCCCUCUGGCCCCUUCUGGCUCCCGCACCUUCAAGAAGAAAAUUGGGAAUUUUUUUGCCUUCAAGAAACCAAAGUCCAGUCGGGGCUCGAGGUGUGAAAAGGAGCCCGAGGGCGGCCCCAGGAGCCGGCGCUCGAUGCUCAGUGACAUUUUACGUGCCCCCAGCAAGGCGGGCGAGGGGAACAAACCCCUGAGUAAAUCAGAGGAGCUGGGGCUGGCGGCCGAGCCCGAGCACUGCCAGACCCCCGACUCGGCCCGCAGGAUCCGGCCCAAGUACUCACGGGAGGGCAAGUCCCAGUCACUCAUCUUGCUGCCCGGGGAGGAUGAGGAUGCCCUGGGGGUCAGGCAUGACAAGAGGAGGCCCCUGGAGAAGAGCGAGGCGGAGCUGCCCGGCUCCUUCGAGCAGCGCCUGCAGGUCAUGCUGCACCGCAUCGGCGUCGCCAAGGGCCCGGCCCCCGAGGGCAAGAAGCAGCAGAGCAAAGACAACGAGAUCAAGAAGGCUGGCUCAGAUGGGGACAUCGUGGACAGCUCGGCAGACUCUCCCCCCUCGCUGAAGGCCCGCACGCACUCCGUGUCCACAGACGCACCUUUCCGCAGCCCAGCUGCCACCACGGAGCCCAGCACCGACCUGGCCCAGCCCCGGCCAGCCUGGAAAGCCCUGGGCAGGCAGGUGCCCACCGAGCCGCCCACCAGCGGUUCCCACCCGCUCCGGCAUUCCCUGCUCCUGCCCGAGCCUGCCGGGAUGCCAGAGCCCGGGGGCCGGGAGAGCUGGAGCAGCAGCCUGCCACGGCCGGGCAGGAGCACCCCAACAGCUCUGCCACGGAGGGUCAGCCACGGGGGGGAGGCAGGUGCUGGCAGCCCCCUGCCCACACCGCCCGACGCCGAAGACAACCGGCUGGCGGCACCGCAGGGGAGCGGCCGCCGAGCUGUGUCUGUCCAUGAGGAGCAGCUCCGGGAGCCCGAGUGCCCGGCGGAGCUGGGAAGCACCGUCCCCCUGCGGCUGCGGCGCUCGCCCGUGUUCAGGCGCAGAGCCAAGCACGAGUCCCUGCCGGAGCCCCCCUUGGACGCUGCAGGUCCCACGCCGCAGGACUGGCCCCGGGCUGGGCUGGAGGAGCCGCGGGCAGGAGCGGCCACCGAGGGCGAGCGGCCGCAGGUCCCGGCACAGAGCGGUGCGAACGCACAAGACCCCGCAGCCCAAGGGUCGGGGCUGGGCCGGGGGGAACCGGCCCUGGGCCUGUGA